AAAAGAAUCGUCAAAAAACGGUUCAACUAGAAAACAAUUCUGAGGUAAAACACACAAAAAAGUUGAUUUUAUAACCUCUUCCUUUUUUUGAAGUCUGUUUUAUACUGGUACUUAAAUGACAAAUUUAAUCUAAGUUGAAAAUAAAUUAUUUCUGAAGCAAUUAAACAUAUAUCAUUCUGAUAGGGUUUCUUUUAUUUCCAGAAUCCCAAAAUUACUUGAAAGGGAAAUUGAAAACGCUGCCUAAUUAAUUCUCUAUAACUACAUUUCUAUUAUUUUACGUAAUCAAAAACAAAACAUUUCAAAUCACGUAUUUGUACAAAAAACUAGAUCGAGGUUACCGUAAAACAUCCCUUGUUGUACUAGAUAAAUGUACAUUGUUAUUGUUAGUGUUUACGCUUGAACCUUGGUCGUGAUGAUAAGCGCGGGAAUCGAAUACACUGAAAUAAUUCGACCAGGGCUGGCCGGCUAUCACUCAAUGUCCGAAGACCGAAUGAGCCGCACCGCUCGGUCAGUUUAACACCGCGAGUGACCGACUCUACUAACAUUAUCACAAUUAUAAUGCUUUAAAAAAACAAAUUAGGGUUGUGCGUAUAAAUAUAACGCAAUUAUCAAUAAUAAUACCGCAGUUCACACACAUACCGAAAACAUGUCUAAAGAAAUGGCGGCGCCGAAGAGGACUGUAGGCCAGAGAAUUGUGGAGGAAAUUUACACGUGUUGUGCUUUCUGGAUAGCUGCAUCCGCUUUACCGGCCUUGGCGGUGUCUUAUCUCGUUGUACGUGUGAGCAGACAUUUAUGGCUUAGACUGCUGUCCAGUAGAUAUCCAGAUUUCGAAUUCAUCAAAACUGACACAGUCAGAACAUUGCUGGACACGCAUCGGAAUCAGGGGAUCAUUAACGUACUACUGGCCGUGAAAGGUAAUCCGAACGUCGAUGAAAUCAAAGGAAAACUCAUAGAGCACGUUAUCGACAAACGAGAUAGGAAUGGACAGUUCAUGUUUCCAAGGUUACGACAUUUACUCGUCUCAUGCUGGGGCAACUACGCUUGGGAUGUCAACGUGCGUUUUCGGUUUGAAAACCACUUCAUCGUAGCUAAUGCUGUGUACAGAGGCCGGCCGGUUACAGAGAGUAAUAUACAGGAAUACAUCAGUGACAUCGUAUCAAAAUAUUUCUCUCCAGACCAACCGCCCUGGCAAUACAUAAUAAUACCGUGUGCAGCUACAGAACCAAAAUAUUAUAUUUUAGUUCGCGUGCACCAUCUGCUACUAUCCGGCGCGAAGUCUAUUAACAUCGGAGAUUUAUUACUGGUCGAGCAAUUGAAACAAACAGAUAGAAUGGCUCAAGAAUAUACACAACAAAGCCCUUUAACGAAAUUAUUUCCAACGCCUUCUGCCAUACCUCAAUUGUGGGAAAAGCUUCAUGAAAAUAUGUCGAAUACAUGGAACGAAUUCGUUUCUGAAUACGACCCCGUCGAAAGCCCUCGUGCUUUGAAAAGCAUGCCGGGUGCGUUCCACGUCGCCGGUCUGUUAUUGAUAUCCAGCGUGAGCGCUUUGAGAGAACUCAACAAGAAAUCGAAUGGCAGAAACAGAGCCACUGAUGGUCCGCUCACAGCAACUACUCUACUUGCAGCAGUGAGAAGAGAAUGUAAAAGGAGAAGCUUAACUAUAAUUAAAGUUUUCUUGUCACCGCUAGUAACAGCAGACCCGAGAAAAUGGCCUAAAAGAACAUUUAAGACUAUCACGACAUCGACUGUUUUAAUGUUGAAAUUACCGUUUCGCGUUCGCGAUGAAAUUUUAGCUUUAAACGAACUAAAGAAUACUGGUCACGUAAAACAGCCUAACACUUUAACGUGGAGGUACGGGGAAUUAGCGCAGCUUUGCGUGAGAGCUACUAAUGAAGCGUGGAAUGGCUUACUAGAAAUUUAUAGGGCUCCAGCAAAAUUGUGGACGGACACCAUUAGAACGGACGAUGGGAAGCGACACUUGUUACAAGCCGUUUCUCUGUGCGGACGGAAGGUUAUAUCAUGGUCUCGUCCCGUAUCCCGAACCGCAAUCGAACGCGUGGCUCGGGCGUUGGGCGUAUCAUCGACAGACGUCGUUUUGUUCGCCGCAACGGAUGCCUUACGAGCAUUCUUUGAACAAGCACACGGGGACCCGCCUGACAUAGUACUCACAACAGCUAGGGCCGCUUCAGAAGAUUUCCUAUUCACUUUCGCGGAGGGCCAGGGGAAGAUGUAUAAAAAAUCACAAACUGGUGGUAUGGUCUGUCUGACCCUGCCUAUAGGCGCGAGUCCACGUCGUAUCGCCGCCGUAGUGGAACAAGCGUGCAAUAGACAGCAGGCAUUGGCCGGGGCCUGGGCGGCCCAGGCUCGAUGCGGUGCAUUAACUAGAGCUGUUCCUUCUCCUCUCGCACGAUUAGCAUUGAAUAUACUGUCAAGAAGAUACGCAGUGUCUUAUGCGGAAAUCAACGCACCUCUCAAUGCCAAACAACGGGCCACACUGUGGGGUCAGACUGUCGAUCACGUUAUCUAUUGGCGCCCGCCUCAGGCCAAUAUCAGUAUGUCACUAACAGUGAUACAAUACGGGGAGACGGUGAGGCUGGCCGUGAUGGCGGACGCGAGGCUGUCUCCGUCACAUUCCGCCCCCACCACGCGAUGGCCCGUCGCAGUCGAGCAACUAAUCAAUAAAGUCGAUACGGAAAUAUCUCGCAUAGCCACAACACUACAGCCCGACAUCCCUACUGCGGUCGAAACUCGAGAAGCUGACGACACUUACGAGGCAGAAACGUCGCGUGACGUCACCAGCUCGAGCGGACUGAGGCCGCCGGUUUUGACAGCUGUCAGUCCGCCGCCAUUGCGACGCAGAAUGACGCACCACUGACGAAUUCGUAACAAUUGCGACGAUGCAGUGCAAUAUACACUAGUCGACCGAAGCAAGUUUUAAGUUGCGAGGGAAAGAGUGAGGCAACUUUUUAAUGUAAUGUAAUGUAAUGUGGGACUGAACGAAUAUGACUAUGAUCUUAAGAGAAAUGAGAUUCAAAUAUUUUCAAAUUCUAAAUACUGUAUACGAGCAAUAUUAAAAUCAAUAAUGUAUUGAACGAUACAUAAUUUUGACAAAACAGAAGACUGAUGAUAUUUUCUUUUUAACAAAUAAAGAAAUCAAUUAAAAUAUGCAUUAUUAAGGAUAACUCAUAGAGCUGAAUCAUGCUAAUAGGUUCACCUAAAAAAAGUACUACGUUAACGUAAAAAAUACAGUGGAAAAUUGUGAACCAACUUUUUUUGAAGUCGGUUAAAAAAUAAAUUUCAAUAAUACAAAAUGCACAGGAUUCACAAUAUAAAAUACCAUAUUUUAUUA